AUGGUAAACAUAAUUGUAUUUGGCGCUAGUGGUUUUAUUGGAAAAGCUAUUGUGAACACAGCGCUUGAUAAGGGUCAUCGUGUAACGGCUGUUCUUAGGAAUAUAGAAAAUUAUCCAAUAAAACAUGACAACUUAAAAGUAGUUCAAGGCGAUAUUUUAGAUAGCUCAUCUGUUGAAAAUGUUCUGAAAGGUGAUAUAACACAUGUUUUGUCCUCUAUUGGUGGGCCAGUAGCUAAUAUUCCUCCCGAAACAAAUGUACGUGUUAAAGGUAUUCAAAAUAUCAUUAGUGGAAUGAAAAAUAAUGGAAUCAAACGUAUACUUGCAGUUGGUGGUGCGGGUUUAUUACCUGGCAAUGAGAAAAACUUUUUCUUUGAGCAAUCAGACUUUCCACAAGGUAUUGUGCCCGUUUCAAAGGUACACAAGUUGGUUUAUGAGGCACUUGUCGCAAGUAAACUAGAUUACACGUUUAUUUGCCCACCAAGUAUUUCAGACGGACAAAUUGGUACAUAUGAAAUUAGUGUUAAUACUCGCGUUGGCCACUAUGCAGUUACCGUAGGAGAUUUAGCCGAUUUUAUUGUUAAAGAAGCAGUUGAACAAAAACAUGUUGAACAACGCGUGGGUCAUACAUUUAAAGAUAUAGAAAUUAAAAUCGUGCCGAGGCAAUCGUUUGUCUGGAAAUAUUUUGGUAAUUUACAUGCAAUUUUAGCGAAAGUAACAAUCAAUCCGGAUUGUUAUUAUUGUAAAAUAUGUUUCCGUGAAGCUAAAGCCAAGGAUGACACACAAACAAUGACAGACUUUGAGACAAAAGUUACAAAAUACAAGAAAGGUAUUUCGACAACCAAUCAUGCUAAUCAUUUGGCAAGUAAACAUGAUGUGAUUGAAAAAGAAGUUAUCCAAGAAACAUGA